CCGGAAGUUGUUGUCAUCUCUUUACAACAACCAGCAUCAAACGGUUAAUUCUCUUCUUUUAAUGUUGUAAACCUUUAAUUUUAAUUCUGGAGGAAGCCGUUGCCUUGUUGGAACUAUAUUUAGUUGUAAUGAUCAUUUCAUUUUCCUGGGCUAUUUAUUUUAUAUUCGUUUCGAAGCCUUUAUUUGGUAAAAACUAGCUAGUGGUAGCAAUGGGUCGAUGACAUAGACUAACAGCAGAAGAGAUUCACACAGCCCUGCUACGUGAACUGCCGACAGCCAAAUGGAUUUCUCCAAGUUUCUGGACGAUGAUUUUGAUGUGAAAGACUGGGUGAACGGCGCCUUCAAAGUGGUGCAGAAGGACGCGCCGGGGAAGACGGAUACACACGCAGCCACACUGGUCAUGAAGCUGCAGCUGUUCAUCCAGGAAGUAAAUAAUGCCAUUGAAGAGAGCAGCAACCAGGCCCUCCAGAACAUGCCCAGGGUGCUUCGAGAUGUGGAGGCUUUGAAACAGGAGGCUUCCUUUCUCAAGGAGCAGAUGGUCCUGGUCAAAGAAGACAUCAGAAAGUUUGAGCAGGACACUGUGCAGUCUAUGCAGGUCCUGGUGGAGAUAGAUCAAGUGAAGAGUCGGUUGCAGCUGGCAGCUGAAGCACUGCAGGAGGCAGACAAAUGGAGUACGUUGAGUGCAGAUAUUGAGGAGACAUUUAAAACACAGGACCUUGCAUUGAUCUCAUCUAAGCUGACCAGCAUGCAGAACAGCCUGGCCAUGCUGGUAGACACACCAGACUACUCUGAAAAGUGUGUCCACCUGGAGGCUCUUAAAAACAGACUUGAAGCUCUAGCCAGCCCACAGAUAGUUGCAACCUUUAAUUCCAUGUCUAUAGACCAAGCCAAAUUGUUUGUUAAAGUCUUCACAGAGAUUGAUAGAAUGCCACAACUCCUAGCAUACUACUACAAAUGUCAUAAAGGUCAACUGGUUAGCAUGUGGCAGGAUAUCUCUCAGAGUGAGCUCAGUCUGAACCAACAGCUGGCUGAAUUUUAUGACACCUUGCUCUCUACGUGGCAUUCUCAACUCCAGUGGAGCAGCCAGGUGUUCAAGAAUCCGUAUGAGGUGGUAACAGUGUUGCUGAUCCAGACUCUGGGGGCCAUGGUCCCAUCCAUCCCCGUGUGCCUCAGCACCGCCAUGGAGCGUGCAGCACAAGAGCAGCGUCUUAACACCUUGUUGGAACUUCAUGAUACUACGUCUACUUUUGGACACAGCCUGGAGGCCGCCAUGCUACCACACCUGGGUGAGACUAACCUUCUGAAGGUGAAUGAGUUGGUCUGUUCGCUCUAUGACCCCUAUAAAUCUUAUCAGCUGCAGUAUGGAGACCUAGAGGAAGUUCACCUUCUCAUCCAGAUCAGUGCUGUACCUUUAGAACAUGGGGAAGUUAUUGAUUGUGUGGAGGAGCUGAGCCACUCUGUUGGGAAGCUGUUUGGCCUGGCUAGUGCUGCUGUGGACCGCUGCGUCAAACUGACUGAUGGACUGGCAGUGUGUGGACUCCUCAAAGCCCUCAAAGCCCUUUUCACCAAGUAUGUGUCUGACUUUUCUACAACACUGCAGUCGAUCAGGAAGAAGUGUAAACUAGAGGAUGCGCUCAGCUCAUCUGUUUUCCAGGAGGACUGGACUGCCUUUCAGAACUCUGUCAGGAUUAUUGCCACCUGUGGAGAGCUACUAAGACAAUGUGGAGCUUUUGAGCAGCAGCUGUCAAACAAGAUCCUGGGCACAGCAGGGAAGUACUUGUCAGAGUCUUACAGCCCUCGUAGUCUGGCAGGGAUCCAAGAAGCCACCUCCACGGACCGGAAGAGCACCGCCAAAAACCCCUGGCAGGAAUAUAAUUACCUCCAGAGGGGAAACAUGGCUGAAUACAAUAGCCUCAUGGAAGUGCUUUACUCCUUAAAGGAGAAAGGCACCGGUAACUCCAACCUGUUAGCUGAACCCAGAGCAGCUCUGACCAGACUCAACCAGCAGGCGAACCAGCUGGCCUUCGAUUCAGUCUUCCUACAGAUCAAACACCAGCUCUGCCUCGUCUCCAAGAUGGAGAGCCAAGAGGCGCCUGGAUUUGGAGAGAGUUACACAGAGGACCUGCCUACAUUCAGCCUGUCACCGCAAGAAUACAUUACAAAUAUUGGGCAGUACUUGAUGUCGCUGCCUCUCCACUUGGAGCCAUUUGUGACACAGGAGGACCCUGCUCUAGAGUUGGCUUUGCAUGCCGGGAAGCUGCCUUUCCCACCAGAACAAGGUGAUGACCUUGCAGAGCUGGAUAACACUGCAGACUACUGGUUGGGCUCCAUCGCUCGAGCCACAAUGCAGACGUACUGUGAUGCCAUCCUACUCAUCCCCCAACUGAGUCCUCAUUCCACUAAACAACUGGCCACAGAUAUUGAUUAUCUGAGCAACGUGAUGGACGCUCUGGGCCUUCAACCCUCCCGGACCCUGCAGCACAUCGUGACCCUGCUUCGAGCCAAACCCGAAGAAUACCGACAGACGGCCAAACUACUGCCUCGACGACUGGCCUCCUCCAUCGCCGCCCUGCGGAGCAUCGACUACUGAUCAUCAGAGCGGCAGAAAGGACGGAUCCUGAGAGUACAGGUGAUCGCCAGAACAUCAACCGGGGGACUCGUGACGUCUCUGAUCCACCAAUGGAAAAUAUAUCUAAACGAAAAAGCAUGUGAUAACACAUGUCACAGCCCCAUUCUCAGAAUUUUCAAUGAAUUUUCCCCUUUCAGCGUUCUAGAGACGAAUGAGAAUGUGUAGAGAAUAAAAUCAGGGUGGCUACUUUUUGAUAUGUUGUAUAAGUGUAUUCUGUAAUAAUGUCUCAACAGAGAUGAUGCCUUCAAGUCAAGCCAAAAGGGAAAAGUGUCUUGACUCUGUCUGUACUCUCCACAUUUUUACGUUGCUGAAGAUUCAAAGGUAAUACCAAAUUCUACAUCAGGGAAUAUGUGAGCGCAUUUAAUCUGUAUGAUUGAUAUAGUUCUUUAUGAUUAUUUGUCACACUAAUAUUCAUCUAAUGUUAUUGUAUUAAGGUAAUAUACAAGGUUCAUUGCUUUCUGUUAACCAAGCUUUACAUUCAACAUUGUUGUGGAGAAGUGAAGGUGAAAGGUCUCCUGGGGCUGCACAGGUAUGGUGACGAAUCUCCACGAUGACUAUUCCCACAUUAUUUUUAUGCAGUAUCUUUAAAAUCUGUACAUAAAUCACUUACAUAAACACUGUAACUGAGGCUAUUGUGUUAUUUUUAUUCAACAAUGUUCAAGUUCGUUUGUAAUGUAGGAUAGAGUUUAAUAAAGUCAUACUAGGUUCUGCAAAUCUUUAUGAACCUCACCUUG